UCAACUUCACGUCAACAACAAACAAAGAUGCCAGAUUAUCUCGUUGUCGGUUCAGAGAGAGCAAGCAACAACGUGGACUGUAGAAUUUUUGUUUCACGUAAUUUUUUUUCUUUGUUCAAUCCCUUUGACGUUUAGCCCACUUGUCAAACUUUCGACGUUGACAGCUGUCAAAUGAUUUAUUUGUUUAUUUAUAUGUUUGUCCGAGUUCUUUUGUAAAAACUAGAAUAAUUUAAGUCCCCGACGCCAUUUUAAAAUGCAACGAGAAAUAACCGCCUUUCGCCCGGGCGAUUUUGUUUGGGCCAAAAUAACCGGUCAUCCCUAUUGGCCCUCGAUGAUCCUGGACCCGGACCCGAACGCGCCCCCAAGGACCAGCCCUGACAUGUACUGGGUCUACUUUUUCAGUUCCAACAACUACAGUUGGGUCAGAGAGAAAUACGUAAAAGACUAUGUCAUAUAUAAAAAUUUAUAUAAAAGAAAACUGACCAAAGCCGCACAAGAAGCCUAUGAAAAGCUUGAGUACGAGAGAGAGUGCAUCAGAGAGGACCCGAACCACAUAAUUACCUUGGCGGCAUUUAGAGUACAAGAAAGACGAGCGCCUAGUGUAAGAUCACGCCGAUCAAAUGCAGGAAGUACCACCUCGAGGAGGCCCAGAAGUAGGGCCAAAGUCCGAAGUGCUAGUAGGGCUUCCAAUGCUAUCAGUGAAGUGUCCAGCAGACAACCUAGUCCCUCAAAUGUGUCAACAACAAGAAAACGAAAGUCUUUGGCUACUGCAAACCAGGGAUACGAGGAGUCCGAUCCGGCUCUAAGUGCAAAAAUUUCUCGAUUAAGAUAUAACUUGGUCAGUUGUAAAAUCGCUAUUGGGGUUAUCGCAGGGAAUUUGGCUGCCGAGUACUUUGUUAAGAAUUUAAUAGCUUUCGAGCAUAACGUCCUUAUGUGGAGCCCCAGCAAGGAAUUGUGCAAUGAAGUAAGGGAAUAUGCCACCAGCAAGGGGGCCCAAGUAAGGAUUUACAAAGACGUCAGAGAAUUGGCCAAAAGGGCUACGAUCAUAAUUGACUGUUUAUCAACCGAGAAGGAGGUUUUAGCUAUUUUACACGAGUUGGGUCUCGAUGAUUUGUCAGAUGAUACAUUGAUUGAUAAAUUUUUUAUUGAGUCAACUAAUAUUGACUAUGAGACUUCUUGCAUUAUUCACCAUAAUUUUAAGAAGAAAAACACCAUUUAUAUAGAAGCUAUGAUUCAAGGCACUAUCAAAGAAUGUAAAGACAGAGAAAACACGAUAUUUGUGGGUGGAUCCCCGGUGGGACGCACCAAAACCUUACUGGAACACUACAAGUCGUUCUUUUGGGCGAUAGGGAGCGCCACUUACUUGGUGGGCGAAGUGGGCGCAGCCACCAAGAUCCAACGGAUCCUGCAGGCCGUCAAGGCGGUCAAUAUGGCCGGUAUCUGCGAAAUUAUGUCGUUGGCCAAGCACCUGGGUUUACUCAAGAAUCCGCAGUUCGUAGUGACCAUGCAGAAGUUGAGUUUUAACUGUCCGUACUUUAAUCCCCUUUGGGAUAAUAUUUUGCGCAAUAAGACUGACUUCGUGUGCGAAUCGAUUCAAGGAUUUCAACAGGACUUGAAGGCUUAUUUGGAGAUGUCUAAUAAGUUGAGCGUGGGCGUCCCGUUGGCCGCCACCGCACAUCAGAUAUUUAAACACGCGCGCCGAUUGGGUUUGGAGGAUAAGGACGCGUCCGUUUUGUUUAUGCGCUCGGUUUUAUCUUAAGCACAUUUUCUUUUUUUAAUAAAUAUAUUUUUAUGGGGUA